ACCAACAAAUGCUCCCCUUCAGUUUUAUGUCAGUUCAGUCAUCCAAAGCAUUUCCACUGUCCUCUCCAGUGUAUCAGCCGGGGAAAAAUAUGCAAGACGAAUCAGCCGCCCCCUUCUCUUCAAAGUGAUAAAGGGCGACAGGGGGCUAGAGGAAGGGCUACCACCCAGCGGACACCUUGUACACAGUCCUGCUCACUCCCACUGUCUCUCCUUUCAAGGAGAUUUUCCCAUGGAGUGUCAAGUCUGACAGCCUGAAUGAUGAGCCAUUAAAGAUUCAACAUCCAAAAUUGGAUCCAAAUUUCUGUUGCUAAGAAUCUCGGAGGAAUUCAGGAAAACACACUGCUCUCCAAAUGACGAUGUUGUCCAAACACAAGAAGUCCAUCUUGAGUUGAGCUCAAAUAUGUACAUUUAUGGAGCUAUCGUGCCAGUUGUAUUACAUUACUUUAAUUACAGAUAUUUCUAACUGAAGCAGCCUUUGGUACAUAGUUUACAUAUUGAUUUACACACAGCACCAGGGGUCUGUGAAUUGGGAGGUAUUUUCCUGAAAAGAAGUCACUUUUAGUAACAAGCUUAGGGAUUCACUGUAGAGCAUUUCCGCCUCAGGGCAGGACCUUAACUGUCUGCUCCAAAUAGCAGUGUAGGGGGCAGAACAUGUAGGAUUUGUGGCUAGUCUCAGUUCUAAACCCUGGAAUCCUUCUUUCUCCCUCUGAAGUCAUGCUGAUGGAAUUCACUCUGUCUCCAUCCACUUAACUCCCUCCCUCUUUAAUUCUUCUCCCACAUAUCCUAAAAUGGUGAGGAGUGUUUAUGGUGGGGGCCGGGGGUAGGACAUGGUGUUGACAUAUGCACACAUAUAUACACCCCCAAAAAGCAAGAGCAAACUGUGGAGACCUCAGUCUAGUGAACCGAAGCCUUGAUCCCCCCUCUUCCAGCUGACUGUUUUUAUUUUAAGCUGCUAGAAUGACUUUCUACAGGCACUCAGGCCCUCGGAGCUACCCGAGCAGAACCAUGACGGAACGCUUUGACUGCUACUACUGCCGCGACAACCUGCAGGGCAAAAAGUACGUGCAGAAGGAGGACAAGCACGUCUGCGUGCGCUGCUUUGACAAGCUGUGCGCCAACACCUGUGCCGAGUGCCGGCGCCCCAUCGGGCCCGACUCAAAGGAGCUGCACCAUAAGAACCGCCACUGGCACGAAGACUGCUUCAAGUGCGCCAGGUGCUAUAAGCCCCUAGCCAAUGAGCCCUUCGGCACCAAGGAUGACAAACUCUUGUGUGGGAAAUGCUGCUCACGUGAGGAGGGCAACCGCUGCCAGGGCUGCUACAAGCUGGUCAUGCCAGGGACCAAGACUGUGGAGUAUAAGAAGAAGAUCUGGCAUGAGGAGUGCUUCACUUGUGCCCAGUGCAAGCAGCCAAUCGGCUCGCAGAGUUUCAUGGCCAAGGGUGACGACUUGUACUGCACCGCCUGCUCGGACAAGAACUUUUCAAAGAGCUGCGCCCACUGCAAGCAGCCCAUCACCUCUGGGGGGAUCAGCUACCAAGACCAGCCCUGGCACUCCGAGUGCUUCGUGUGCCUGACCUGCCGCAAGUCCCUGGCAGGAGCUCGCUUCACUGCUGUGGAGGACAAGAUGUACUGCGUGGAUUGCUACAAGACCAGCGUGGCCAAGAAAUGCAACGCCUGCCAGAACCCCAUCACAGGGUUUGGAAAGGGCACCCAGGUGGUGAACUAUGAGGGCAACUCCUGGCACGAGUACUGCUUCAACUGCAAGAGGUGCUCCCUGUCACUGGCCAACAAGCGCUUCGUGAUGCAUGAGACAGCCAUCUACUGCCCCGACUGUGCCAAAAAGCUGUGAGGAGCACCCCCUAAGGCACAGCGUGGAAUGACAACACAACCAAUUACACACAUCAAUGAAUAUACAGUACCUAGCUUUUCACGUGUCAUAUUACUCUGUAAUGGACAGAUGCAGUUUGUUUAAAACAAAAAAUAUGUAAUUUGUGUUAAUUCAGGGCCAGGAGCUGGCAGAGUUGCUUUAAAAUAUCAUUACCUAUGGGCCUCCUGUCCAGCUGCAAAGCAAGCCUGUGAGUGGCAGUUUAGUCUAAAAAAGCAUGGAUUGCAAGUGGAAAUCACCAUUUAUCUUUUGAGCACACUUAUAGCUAAAUGGUUUGUAUUUGUGGGCAUGUGGUAUUCCAAUACUUAAUUUAGGAGGAGACAGAGUCUGGUUAAGUAUCACAGACAAACUUCUUGCUGAGAGGCUCAACGAACACGAGUUUGAGGCAUUAGUUAGAAUGUAUGCUAAAGGUUGCCGUUUAAAAUUUUGCUGUUAAGUUUUAAAGAUUCAGACAAAGACUUUAAAUAUGUUCACAGCUUUAUGAAUUGUAAGGCAUGGCAGAAACAAUGUAUGACAACCUUAAGGAAUAAACCAAGAUUCAAGCACA